UCAAUGAAACUUCUACAGUAGAUCUUAGAAGGGUCAUUAACACGCGACUACUGGUCGAAAGCCUUGCAUGUAUUCAUAGUAAUAGAUUGACGUUACUAAUGGUUACUAUGGAGAGAACCAUUCUUGAAUAUUUGAAUUGGAUAGUUCGACGAAGGUAGCUGUAUAUGACUGCUAAAUAAGUCUAGCUAACUCCGAACUUGGCUAGCGUUUAGGAUGGAGAGUUCCGCUCAAACGUCCAGCAAAUUGUAUGUUGAAGAUGAUUUCCUUACGUUCGCAACGUUAUGAUUAGGACAACACUUUAGUCCUACCAGUGUCUUGCUUAGAUCUUGACAUUCUCAACAUUUCCAAUAGAUUACAUACUAGAGCACAAGGAUCGUAUACGUGAACUUAGCAGGAUGGUUGACAGUGUUGCUGAAGUCCGUGAGCGAGAUGCGACAAAGCCAGAGGGUUCAGAAGCCUCCAGGCAAGGAGCGAGUCUGGCGGUUACCGCUGCAGGACCUUCCGAUGCGAAUGGCAGCGCCGUUGCCGCCCCAAACGCUCCCCAGCAGGAGGUGUCGUCCAAUGUUGGAGCAGGCUUCCCUCAUCCUACUCCGCUACCUGCAUGGUUUCAAAAAUACUUCCCUUUGCUGAGCCAUAACCUCACAUUCCUCAUCGCAUACUGGUACAUCGUGUCCGUUGUGACAUCCAUCAAGGAAGCCUUCCUUGUGGACAUGCUGCUCAGAUGGAUCUCUCUGCUCCUAAUUAUCCUCCACCCGGCAAUCGUGAUAAUGAAGUGGUGGUUUUGGUUAAUAUUCACCCUCACCAUGAAACCUGGUCUCAUGGUAGCGAAGUACAUAGCCGGUCUGCUUGGUAUCACCCAUGCCAUAAAGGUGGUCUGCAAAGAGCUGAUAAGAGCUAUUGACUAUUACGGAGACAAACUCAUGAAGACCAUCGGCAAUCUGGUCGCGUACGUCAGGAACCAGUGGGAACAGACCAGAGCAGACAUCAUAAAGGCGCUGACUACACUGCGGCAGUGGGCGACGGAAACGCUCGAGGCAUUGGUGAGGGCGAUUAAAUACGUUCUUCACUACGUAUCGGAUAUCCUCUCGAUGAUCCUCCCAGCACGCGUCUACCGGUGCCUGAAGAGCUGGCUACACGUAGCCUACACGAUCAUGGCCAAGAUCUACUACUUCAUAAAGUAUCUCUUGACCUCGUUCGAAGAAAUUCUGCAGAUCAUAAAGAACGCGUGGAACACGGACGUAAAAAAUUUCUUCUCUUCCGCACGCAAGAGGUCCACCACCAUACCGGCUAAGAACGAUGCCUCCACUGUUAGGCCCACCGAACUUUCCAUCGACGAUUCUGUCAAACCGCGCAAAGUUGACUCCGGUUACAGCCCCGGACCAGGAAAGCCGUUGCAACGAAAUCUAAACGUCCCAAUAAUCGAGAUCACGCUGCCCACCCCAAUUACGAACGGAGAGUCUCUGAACAAAAGUAAGCGAUCAAGAACACGGAGCACCGAACAACCGAAAUCCCCAAUUGGAAUGAAUCUAACAACGGAAACUGAAGAUAUGUCUGAUAUCUUCAUAUCUGAUAUCUCUGAAUCAUCUCUGGAUGGUGAAAUCCCGACCAUCACUACCAUUUUGCCUGCAGCUGUGACUCCACCUCAUAACCAUGGUAGAACAUCCCUUCUGCCCGUGCCUGAAAGAUCAACCGUGCAACAUACCGCCCCUCUAACUCCAGACUCGAGACUCCCUCCGGUCACUCCCACUUCAGGUUCUAAAAGAUCUGUGAGAAGGACUCGGAAGUCUGUUACGCCUGUUCCGGAAGACUCUGAGAUCCCCUUUAAUGUUCACUCGACGCCCAAAGCAGACCUUCACUCCUCCCCUCCUGCUUCUCAAGCCAGCUCCUCGCGUCUCGAGGAUGCCUCCAAUGCUUCUCAGUCUGUAGCCGAGAAGUCUUCGUUCGGUCUUGGAAUGUUCGGUUGAUAAUUAUAAGGUUUUAGAAAAUGUAUAGUAAAAGAUUUAUUUUGGAGAUAAUUAUUCAAAC